GGAGCUGCUUCAGCACUCUUUGGAAACCACAAGAAAACUCUUCAGAAUCAUUCACAAAGGCACUCCUCAGCCAGCCCCAGUGCUCCCAGAGCUACGCAAGUCUUUGCUAGAAAGCCCCCACGUGGACCACCGUCAUGGCCGAAAACAACACAGCUCUUUAUGGUGUCACAGCUGCCUGGAACUCUGGGGUGAGCCAGUCUGCUCACAACACGACAGACAACUCCUCCUGCACCUGGCCACAGGAAUGGGAAUGGCUGCUUGAUAUCCAGCCAGUGUUCCUCUGGUUUCUUGCCACCGUGGGAGUUGUGGAGAACAUCUUUGUCCUCAGUGUCUUUUGCUUCCAUAAGAGCCGCUGCACGGUGGCCGAAGUUUACCUGGCAAACUUAGCAGCCGCUGACCUCCUCCUCCUCUGUGGUUUGCCUUUCUGGGCGAUCACGAUAAGCAAUAACUUCCAUUGGGUGUUUGGGCUCCCCCUCUGCAAAGCCAUCAAUGCCAUCGUUUACAUGAACUUGUAUUCCAGCAUUUACUUUCUGGUGAUGGUGAGCAUUGAUCGCUACCUGGCCUUGGUGAAAACGAUGUCUCUGGGACGCCUGCGCCGGCCUUCUUGUGCAAAGUGGAACUGCCUUGCCAUUUGGGUCUCUGCACUGUUCUUGAGCUCUCCUACUCUCCUCUUUCGAUCGUUUGAUAAUGACGAAGGAAACAAUAUCACCGCCUGCAUUCUGCAGUAUCCGUCAGUUGUGCAAUGGACAGUGAUCACAAACACUUUGCUGAACACAGUGGGCUUUUUGAUGCCUCUCUGCGUCAUAACCUACUGCACAGCGCAAAUCAUCCAUACUUUACAAAACAGCACAUUUCAAAAGAUCAGAGCUAUGCAGACAGAGAAAAAAGCCACCGCCUUGGUUCUCUCCGUCCUUCUUCUCUUCGUUGUCUGCUGGCUUCCUUUCCAGAUCACCACGUUCUUGGAAACGCUGUUUCGCACCGGGGUUAUUCAUGGUUGUGAGACUGAACAAGCCAUUGAUGUGGCUACCCAGAUUGCCACCUAUUGCAGCUUCAGCAACAGCUGCCUUAACCCAAUUGUGUUUGUCCUGGUAGGCAAACACUUCCGAAGGAAAUCCAAGGAGGUCUACUGUUGGAUGCUCCGCAGAAGACCUAGCGCAGCACCAUCCAUCCAGAUAGUGACAACCCUGGAAACUCUCCGGACAUCCUUUUCAGUCGAAAACCACCGGAAAAAGUCCGCCGUUAAUUUGCGAUAGCGCCACUUGCUUGUUACCAUAAGGAAAAAGCUUACAUAAAGUGUUGAAUGUAGCAGGCUUAAGCAGAGGGUUUGAUAUGGUGCCCAUAUUUUGAACCAGGUGGAUUAAUUCAUUGCUGAUGAAACUUUGGAGAAAACAGAUAUCAGCUGUAAAGUUUGCAUUGACCACCUGCUCCAGUGAGAGCCAGUGUGGUGUAGUGGUUAAGAGUGGUGUAGUGGUUAAGAGCGGUAGACUCGUAAUCUGGGGAACCGGGUUCGCAUCUCUGCUCCUCCACAUGCAGCUGCUGGGUGACCUUGGACUAGUCACACUUCUCUGAAGUCUCUCAGCCCCACUCACCUCACAGAGUGUUUGUUGUGGGGGAGGAAGGGAAAGGAGAAUGUUAGCCGCUUUGAGACUCCUUAGGGUA